AUGCACAUCUCCAAGGACGAGUCCUUUCGCGAGUUCGAACGGAUGGACACCUUGGAGAAGAGAGAUGACAUUGACCGAGAUGAUGCCUCUUCCAUUCGAUCAGAAGCGCUUGGAGAUGAUCUACCUCCCGGUUACUUCUGGUCUCCUCGCUUCCUAGGAGCUAUAGCUGGAUUCUGCCUUUCGGCACUUUCAGCCUACAUCUUCUUGAUCUUGCCAACCAACGUCUUGACGUUUAUCAACGCCGAUAUUGGUCCGAGUCCCUAUAUCUCUUGGGUCAACAUCGCUAGGACGCUUUCGCUUUCCUUCACUUACACCAUCCUCGGUCGCCUUUCUGAUCUCUUCGGCAGAAGGUGGUUCUUUAUCGGCGGUAACGUCGUCGCCAUUGUCGGAAUCAUUGUCUGCGCCGUUGCCCAGAAUGUGAACACUCUUAUCGUUGGCGCCGCUAUUUACGGACUGGGCGAGACGGUGCAACUGAGUUUUAAUGUCGCGGUUGGCGAGCUGGUACCUAACAAGUAUCGACCCAUGGUUUUGUCACUGAUCUUUGCGACAAAUGCCCCAAUUGCCACGUUCGGCCCGAUCAUCGCCAGGAAAUUCGUCGAGAAUCCAAAGCUUAGCUGGAGAUGGUGCUUUUAUAUCAACAUUAUUGCUGUCGGUCUCGCUAUCAUUCUCCUUUACCUGUUUUACCAUCCCCCUACGUUCGAACUUCUACAUGACCGGAAGACCAAAAGACAGCUGCUGAAAGAGCUUGAUUACCUCGGGAUCUUUUUAUGGACAGCAGGCCUUACUCUUCUGUUGAUGGGUGUCUCUUGGGGAGGUGUCAUGUUUCCUUGGGACUCUGCCGCUACUAUCUCAAGCUUGGUCAUUGGUACUGGCCUUCUCAUCGCUCUCUUUUGCUGGGAGUCAUUCGCCAACCUCAAAUACCCCGCGAUCCCUGUCAAGUUCUUUGCCAACCGCGGUUUUAUGGCUCUCGUAUGCUGCGCAACCGUUGCGACUAUGUUUUACUAUUCGGCUGUUUUACUGUGGCCACAACAAGUGCAGGCUCUCUAUACAACGGACAUCAAUUAUGGCGGAUGGCUCUCUUCCACUGUUGCAAGCUCAACGGCUCUUGGACAAGUUUGCGCCGGUGCCAUUGUCAAGUGGGGAGGCAAUGUACGGUAUUGGAUCAUCUUUUCGACCUUUUCUAUGGUCGCCUUCGUUGGUGCCCUUGCAUCAUUAACCCCUGAAACGCUGGAUAGAGGUAUCGCCUUCACAAUCCUAGGUCCUUUCUUCGUCGGAUUCAUUGAGCUUGCUUCCCUUGCCCUGGCACCCUUAUUCUGCAAACCCGCCGACAUUGGUCUCGCAUCAGGUCUUCUGGCAUCUAUCCGCUCUGCCGGCGGAUCUAUCGCCGUGGCUGUUUAUACGUCAAUUUUGUCUAACCGCCUUGCCACCACCAUUCCGGCAGCCAUCACCCAACCGGCUAUCGCAGCGGGUCUCCCUGCGAACCAGGUGCCACUUCUUGCAAAGGCUAUACAAGCCAACAAGUUAAAGACGUUCCCCGGUCUUAGCACCGCUGUGAAGGAAGCCGUAUCAAAAGUUCUUCCAACUGCAUACUCCAAAGCGUUUGAGACAGUUUACUUGGCAAGCUUAGGAUUCGGAGCAAUUGCAAUUAUCGGAUGCUUGUUUUCAAAGGACGCACAGAAACAUCUAACUAACAAGGUUGAACGACGGAUGGUUGAUGGGAAGAGCUGA